UACUUCCCGCACUUCGACCUGCACCCGGGGUCCGCGCAGCUGCAAGCGCACGGCUCCAAGGUGGUGGCCGCCGUGGGCGACGCAGCGAAGAACAUCGACAACAUCGGCGCCGCCCUGUCCAAGCUGAGCGAGCUGCACGCCUACAUCCUGCGCGUGGACCCGGUCAACUUCAAGCUCCUGUCCCACUGCCUGCUGGUCACCCUGGCCGCGCGCUUCCCCGCCGACUUCACGGCCGAGGCCCACGCCGCCUGGGACAAGUUCCUAUCGGUCGUAUCCUCUGUCCUGACCGAGAAGUACCGCUGAGCGCCGCCUCCGGGACCCCCAGGACAGGCUGCGGCCCCUCCCCUCCAGGUUCCCCAGCCCCACUUACCGCGUAAUGCGCCAAUAAACCAACGAACGAAGCAGUGUCCACCUGGUCUCUGUGGUCCCUGGGCGGCGGGCGCGUGG